AUGUCGAAACUGCUUCUUGUCUUCCUCUUCCUCUUCCUGGUUGAGGAUGGUCAUGUCUCUUCCUCCUCCCUCCUCCUUCGUUACCUCAAGAAAUCAUCUUCUUCUUCAUCGACACCCGUGAUCUCUCAACUCGGACCAUCGCAGCCAAACUCAGAGCUCGUAGUCAAUCCUUCACCGUUUGAUCACUUGAAGUUCUUGACCCCAUCCUGCGUCCUCUCAGUGGCCCUCCUCCCCCAAACCCUGCCAACAUCAGUCCUCUAUUCUCCGCCAUCCGAUUGCCCCUCUCCCUGGUCACACGUCUCCCUCCAGAUCCGCGCCACCUCACCUUUGCAGCACCAGUCCAACCACUUGCUUAGCCUCUGGCUCGGUGGCGCCGAGCUGCUCCGUACUAGCACGGACGGAGCAGGGUGUUGGGAGGUCCGGAAGGACAUCACCAAAUACUCCUCGCUCGUUUCGCAAUCCAGCAUCCAUCUCAUGCUUACUUCCCUCCACUGGCCCUCUAACGUUGCGGUUUCAUUGGCCCACCUGGUCAAUGUCACUCUGUUUUACUACAACCAUGAUUAUAGCUCUGUAAUCUCCGAUAAGAUCACCCUCCCGGCGACCGUGUCGGGUGAAGAUUUGAAGCGCAAUUCGGUCUCUCUGCAUUAUUCUGAUGACCCAAGUCCAUCAAACAGUGAAGAUCAAGUGCGGGAAGCUCCACGGAGUUCAAAUGAUACACCUCCCGAUCUGAUCAUACCGGUCAACGGGGAUGGCGGAUUAUGGUUCAGAAUCGACAAUGAGAGUACCGUCCAGUCAAAGGAUGUUCAGCUACCCUGCAAUGCUCGCCGAGCAGUACUUGAACUGUAUGUGUCAUCUCAUGGAAGCGACGAGCUUUGGUACUCCAACUUUCCUCGUGAAAUCGAGCAUCGAGCUUUCAGGGAAGUUUUCGUGAUGAUUGAUGGCAAAAUUGUCGGAUCAGAAUCACCAAUCAUAGUUUUGCCGUUCGGAGCAUUUAGUUUCCCGUCUUAUGACAUCGAGCUAACACCGAUUAUGGGCUCCAUGUUGGACGGCAAGCCACACCGUUUUGGCAUUGGAGUUUCUCACGGCAAUCCCUACUGGCUUGCAAGCGCGAAUCUUCACGUUUGGUUGGAUGAGCAAUCACCAGCAGUUGAAGCGAACUCCAUAUUGCAUCACUACCCCGCUCUUCACUACGAACAGGUGUUGGAGAAAGCCCAAGGGUCAUUGAAGGCAAAGGCGAAGAGGAAGAUCAAGCUCUUGGGUUGGGUUAAAACCAGUCGAGGUAAUUUCACCACUCAUGUAUCCCAAGAACUUGAGUUCGAGAGCUUCAUAAGGUACGAAAAGGACGGAACUUGCAGAGGGACUGCGAUGAUGGAGCACGAGAUUGAAUCAGAGAGAGAGGUGGUUGUGAAAUCGGAAACUGGUGAGAUAAUAUCCAAAAAGAUAGCAAAACGAAAGUAUUAUGUCACUGUCAGCACUCAAACUCUGUUGGAAUCAGAUGAUCCGAGUGCGUGUCGAACUGCGGUGAACAUGAGCAUGAAGGAGAAGCAUGUUGAGGGAGAUAGGUCAAGAUAUUAUUACAUCAGUCGAAAUUCAGCUGGGUUGCGGGAAGCGAAAGAGAACAACCAAGCAGCGACUGGAGGCUCCGUAAAAACAGAGCAAAGGCUGAGUUAUAAGGAUAAAAGGGGAGGUUGCUACUCCAGGACUGUUGCUGCGGUUGAUGGGAAAGUCAUCCAGGAUGAAACAGCCGUCGGUUGUGCAACUGCUAUGUGA